GUUUGCUUUGUAGAGAGAGGCAGGAGUCACUCUCCUGAACAGCCAGCGGUUUCCUUUAACUCUGCCAGGCUCACAAACAGUCCAGCUGCACAUUUCCACUCACUCUCCCCCUCUCGUGGGCAUUCUUCCAGCAGUCUGAAGCAAGACUUUAAGGGGAAGCAAAGCACAGAGGAGAAAAGACACAAGAGGACAGCUCAAGAAAAAACGUCGACACACAGCAAUGAAGGACAAAGUGAAGAGAGGAGGAGGAAGAAGUCAGGCCAAGGCUGAUUUAGUCAACCUGGUUGCUGGUGUAAAGGAUGCCAUUGGUAUUAAGCAAGAUGAGGACACAUCGUUCCCUGUGAAGAUCCAGGGGGCAGGAGUAGAGCCAUUUGAGCUGCAGGUUCGCGGAUUUUGGCUUGUCCAAGAUGCAGUAAUGACACUGCUUUCGAGGGAUGAGGUGUGUCCACGUUCCAACCUGUCACUGGCACUCGCUGGUACGAAUUUGGACCCCCAUGCAGAACUGCAAAGCCUCAAGGGGCUUAAACCAGGAGCCAUUCUUCGCCUUGUGGAAGAACCCUACACCGCCCGCUCUGCGAGGGUCCAUCUGGCUCGUGUGCUGGAGCUGCUGAGAGCGUCAGGACCUCAGGAUGCACUGAGAGAAGGACGCUCGCCAAGCGUACUGGAGACACUCACACAUACACUAACCGCAGACCCAAGCCCACCGAAUGGAAAGAGCCUGAAACGUUCUUUAAGCAACACAAAAACAGAAACAACCACCCAGGAUGGAGCUCUUCCUGAGUACAUCCUCCCUGGUUCCUCAGAGAGACCAGUUAUGGCCCUACUACCACAGAGCUCCCAACAACAGGCCCCCAGCUAUCUGAGGGACCUGUCUCUCAGCUGCUGGAACCCGCCUCCAGGACACAGGAAGCUGCAGGGAGACUUCCUGUACAUCACCGUGGUGACUAUGGAGGGACGACGGUGUGACAUCACGUCCUGUCCAAAAGGUUUCUUUCUCAAUAGGUCUACAGAAGAUGUGUUUGAUCCUCGUCCUGCGCAGUCUUCCCCAAUUUGUCACUGUUUGACUGACCUGCUCUGUCACAUCAGCCCUGCCUUCAAACAAACCUCUUCCACUAUAAUCAAAAACAGGCCUCAGUUAUCUCCAGUAGAGGUGAUGCCCACUCCUUACCACACGCUGAGCUGGCUCGGGCCUCCCUGUGCCUCUCGGACCCACAAAAACACCUUCACCAGACUGGGAGUGGACGAACAGCCAGCAACACAGGCUCCAGACUGGAAUGAAGAGUUGCAGGCAGCCAGAGAUCUUCCAAUAGGCAAUCUGGAGGAGAGGCUACAGAGAGACAGAUCUCUGCUCCAGGUAAACAGUGCGUUUGUUAGGGCUGUGAUGCAGGGGACAGAGACUGUCGUAGACGGCUUUGUAGAGCCAGUGCCUGGAAACCCUGAGGACCCAGCUUUUCUGUGGGGCGGCCUGUUCAUGAGCCAGGGGGCCGCAAGUGCAGUGUUUGGUGGGGAAAGGGGUCGCAGGGCUGCUCAGAGACUGGAACUUAAAGGAGUACAGGCCUAUAGUGAUAUAGAGGGGCUACAGGGACUGCACACUCUACCUACAGCCAUUGUAGACUACAGAGGAGUGCGUCUAUCUGCUCAGGGUCUGGCCCCUGGCUUGGAAGGCUCAGAGCAGGACCAGGGAGCUGCCUCAAGAGGCUUGCUGUACGGGGUAAAUGCAGGACCCCAAGAGUCCCCCCACCGUAGACGGCUACUACAGCUCUUGGCUCACGCUGCCAAGUGUCUUUGUAUCCAGAGACAUGUUGUUUUGACUCCCAACAGUCACCAGGUACCCCUGUUCACCUCAGUGGACGCACAGGGUCUGUUGGGGGCUGAUGGGAGGUUCUACAUACUGGAUGUGUUCAGGAGCUUCCCAGCUGAUGCCAACUUCUGUCCAGAGGUUGAGACAGAAAGUCAGCCAGUCACUGGAGAAGAGGAGACUAAUGAAAGCUGUUUAGAAGAUGAAGAAACGAAGGGUUGUGCAACAGAAGGUUGGCCAGAGAAUUAUCACUCAGACUCUGGGCUUCCAAAGAGUUUUCCUCAUGGACUCUGUAGACUGAGGCCAGAGCUGGUUCAGGCCUUUAUCCAACACAAACACUGCCAGUUCUCCCAGCGUGUCAGGGAGGUGUUUGGUGAGAACGGAGGCUUUGUAGAAUGUGCAACAGCUUGCGACUCUCGAGCCACAAAUGCAGUACGGGCUGCUUGUAAAGAAGUGGGCUCAGUUAGUGACAUCAUCUUUGAGAUGCGCUUUAACACAAGUGUCUUCUGUCCAGGAGUAACCUUCCCCCCCAGUGAAAGUACGUCAAUAAAGCUGCAGGAGAGGUUACAGAGGGAAGCGGCAGCUUUCAUCCUCACACAUCAGAUUCCAGCCUUUGUGGAGUAUUGCCUACACAGUAAUGAGGCACCAAUGGAUGGAGCUUCCCUAAAACUGGCGCUACACCAGAGAGGCAUCAAUCUCCGGUAUCUGGGCUAUGUGAUCAAAACCAUCAGCCAGUCAGAACACAAGGAGCGCCUGAGGCACAUAAUGAGAUCGGUCAUAGGUGAAAUUUUCAUCCGAUCAGCAAGGAGAGUGUUCAACAGUUUCAUUCAGGGUGUGGACGUGCCUACUCUCGCUGCAGCUGUCAGUCACUUCCUCUGCUGCCUGUUGGUUCCCCACUUCACGCCCACCGCUGUGGGGGAGGACACUAAAAAGAAGUCAAGGCGGCGCGGCAGAGGGGCUGGGCCCUCUGAAAGCUCGCCCUGGAGCACGCUCACAGGGGCUGAGUUGUGGAACCUGGUCUGCCAGGAUGCUGUUGAAACAUAUAACAUCUCUGACAGCCUCGGCUCUGGUCUGAACCACAUGGUGGAGCACUAUGGCCUUCAGAGGAUCUCUUUGCUUAGAGAGUUCUGUUUAAAGACUGGAGUACAGUUGAGAUUGAGAGACUACUUACUCGACAACCAAAAUAAAGCUCCCAUUGGUCCAGACGACGUCCUCAACAUCUUCCCUCUCGUCAAGUACAUUCACAUGCCAACUGUGGAUGCUUCAAAAGCAUAUCAUGCUGCACAGAACUCCCUCCAGAAAGGCCUGCUGGACCAGGCCCACGAGCACCUGAAAGAAGCGGCCUACUUGUUUGGCAGGGUGUGUGAUGACUUACACCCCGAGGCCUGUUAUUGCCACAACCUGUUGGCCAAGGUGGCCUUCCUGCAGGGGAAGGCAGCUGAGGCUCGCAGUGUCCAGCAGAAAGCAGUGGUCAUCAGUGAGAGAGUGCUUGGCUUUGACAAUCCAAACACUAUUCAGCAAUAUGCUCUCUUGGGUGUGUAUGUGUUUGCUGGAGGGGAGACUGCCCUGGCCCAGAAGUGUUUCCUCAGAGCUCGUCUGCUAAUGCUAACAGUCCACGGAGAGGACCAUCCCUACACCGCAACAUUGGAUAGCUGCCUUGGUCUGGUGCUGACAGGAGAUCAGAGAGGGCAGUUCUUAAAGAAUGCCCUAAGACUCAACACUUCCUUCUUUGGCCCCACGGAUCUGCACACUGCUCUCAAUCAGCACCUGUUGGCCCAGUGGAUGUGCAGCAAGGGCGACUACCGAAGUGCUAUGACCCACGAGAAAGAGGCCCUCACUGCUUUUACCUCCUUGUUUGGAGAGGAUCACUCUCAGACACGCUGCAGCAAAGACUUUCUGUGCACCAUCACCCAGCAAGCAGUGAAGGUGGAGCGCUCUCUCAGACAGACUGGAGCUGAAUGCACAGAGCAAACAGUGGAGUGUCUAACUGCCUCGCAUGAGACUGUGCUGGAGCAAAUGGUUCUGGUGACAGGGAUCAGGAGGAUUACACAAAGUGACAGGCUCCAGGAGUAUAAGAAGAAACACCUUGAACUAAAGGCAGCGGUGGCUAAAGAACUGGGAUUCAAUAUAACUAGCGAGUUCGUCGCCUCCAAGACUGUGAACGGGGGACAGAAUAGCUCAGAUCAAGACGCAGGAUGCGGGAAGGAAGCUGAGGAUGAAGGAAGCCCAGCAGUGGAGAAUGCCAGCGAGAGCCAACAGGAGCAGCUGGGGGAAGAGAGUGCUGCCAUAGUUUCAGCUAAUGGUCAUGUGGUGGAGCCGGUAGAACAUAACCAGCAUGAGGAGAAAACGGAUGUAGAUGAGGGAGACAGUGAGGACGGUGACCGAACAGCUUCAGAUGCUGAGGUAAAGAUAGUGAACGGAGAGUCAGAGGUCAGAGAGAACAGCACAGCCAAUGGGGAGAUAAAAGGUGAUGUAACAGCUGAUGAGACGAAGUCAGAGUCAAAUGGGGUUAAAGGUGAAAUAAAUGGUGCAUUGGACAUUGCUGCCAGCCCACCAGUCCUUAAGAGUAAAGGAACCUGGGCUGAUGUUGUCUCAAAAACUGCCAUGGCCAAUGGAACAGGACACAAAGACACAGUAGCAGUCAAUGGAGUCGCACAUAGUGUCACUGCUAAUGGAGUAGCUGAAAAGUAAAAAUGUAUUAAAGAGGAAAAACAGCGUUGUAGUCUAGUAUUUCCAAGCCACUGCUGUAAAUUAAUCCUCUCCCAGGAUCCUAGAUGUAAUUAGAUCCAGUGAACAUGAAGCAGAGCAUAAGAUGACAGAGUCAGAUGAGCAUUACUGUGUGUUAGAGAUGUUAUUGCUGGUGCUGGGGGAGGGUUGUACUGUAAUAGAGUGCUGUUGUGUUUUUUUUUUCUUCCAAUAAAAGGUUUUUACUC